UUGGCAUUAGCAAUUUCGCCCCUCCAAAUUUAUAACUUUGAAAGGCGAUUUACGUUUCCCCUCUUUCUCUCUUUCUCUGUUGCAGGACCAUUAACCCUAGCGCAUCCAGAGCAAAUUAACAUACGCCAUGAAUUGUUCAAUUUCUGGCGAGGUGCCGGAGGAACCUGUUAUCUCAAAAAGUUCUGGUCUCCUCUUCGAGAAGCGCUUAAUCGAGCGCUAUGUCUCGGACUUUGGUAAAUGUCCCGUUACUGGAGAGCCUAUGACAAUUGAUGAUAUUUUACCUGUCAAUUCUGGGAAGAUAGUGAAGCCCCGACCAAUGCAGACUGCUAGUAUCCCUGGGAUGCUGGGAAUGUUUCAGAUAGAAUGGGAUGGCUUGAUGCUAUCAAAUUUUGCAUUGGAGCAACAAUUACAUACUGCCAGGCAAGAGCUGAGCCAUGCCUUGUAUCAGCAUGAUGCGGCAUGUCGUGUUAUUUCAAGGCUGAAGAAAGAAAGAGACGAGGCUAGAGAGUUAUUGGCACAAGCUGAAAGACAAAUACCCAUGUCAGUGGCUGCACAAGAUGCAGUGAAUGCUGCUGCUUUAAGCAAUGGGAAAAGAGCAAUCGAGGAUGGUGAGAUGGGUCCUGAUGGGAAAAGGGUUCGUCAAGGAAUCUCGAAUAGUAUCAUUUCUGAGCUUACAGAUUGUAAUGCUGCCCUUUCACAACAAAGGAAAAAGCGACAGAUACCAUCAGCAUUGGCUUCUAUUGAUGCUGUGGAGAGGUACACUCAACUCACUGUAAAUCCUCUUCAUAAAACCAACAAACCUGGGAUUUUGUCGAUGGACAUCUUGUACUCCAAGGAUCUCAUUGCCACUGCUGGGGCUGACUCGAAUGCUGUAGUUUUUGAUAGAUCGUCAGGCCAAGUAGUAUCUACUCUCAGUGGCCACUCAAAGAAGGUUACAAGCGUCAAAUUUGCUGCGGAAGGUGAAAUAGUAGUUACUGGCUCUGCUGAUAAGACGGUUCGUGUAUGGAGAGGUUCUGAAGGUGGAGAUUUUGAUUGUAGGCACAUUUUGAAGGAUCAUACUGCUGAGGUGCAAGCUGUUACAGUCCAUGCAACCAAUAACUACUUUGUCACUGCUUCUCUUGAUAGCACUUGGUGCUUCUAUGAACUUUCUUCAGGUUUAUGUCUCACUCAGGUAGAAGAUACAUCAGGAUCUGCUGAGGGAUACACAUCUGCAGCCUUUCAUCCUGACGGUCUCAUCCUUGGAACGGGUACCUCUAGAGGGCUUAGUAAGAUUUGGGAUGUAAAAAGUCAGUCAAAUGUUGCAAGCUUUGAGGGGCAUAUGGGGGCUGUAACAGCCAUUUCAUUUUCAGAGAAUGGCUACUUCCUGGCGACUGCAGCACAUGAUGGAGUUAAGCUUUGGGAUCUGCGUAGGCUCAAGAACUUUAGGACUUUAUCCCCUUAUGAUGAGAAUACGCCUACACAUUCAGUGGAGUUCGACCAUAGUGGAAGUUACCUUGCUCUAGGAGGAUCAGACAUCAGAGUCUAUCAAGUUGCGAACGUCAAAUCUGAAUGGAAUUGCAUAAAAACAUUCCCUGACUUGUCCGGCACAGGCAAAAUAUUAAGUGUCAAGUUUGGCCCCGAUGCAAAAUACGUGGCUGUUGGGUCAAUGGAUAGAAACCUUAGAGUAUUUGGGCUGCCCGAGGAAAAUGAUGAUCAGUCCGAGACAUGAAGAGUUUACUGCAUCCUACAUGGAACGGUACAUGUUCUUAAUCCCACAUAGCUGUGGAUUUUUUGGGCUGGAGAGCCGAGAUAGAACCCGACUUCACUAGGCUUUUGUUUGGAACACAACCAAGAGGGAUAAGAAAUUGUAUCAUCUAUUAAGUUCAUCGAUUGGUUGUUGUGUAAUAAUAGAUUCUCCCAUUUCGAAGAGCUUUCUUUGUUUCUAUUUCAAUUGUUACCUAUUGUUUCA